AUGGCGGAGAGCCAACACGACAACAGCAGUAGUGUCAACGUUAAGCCCCGCGUCUUUCGGGUUCGAAACCUUCCGGCACACGUGGAUCGGCUAUCUGCCGUCGAGCUUCUGUGUCAGUCUAUCAACGGUAUCACGGCGCAGGACGUACGGCUCUCUUCGCUAGCGUACGACGUGGACGUUUGGUCAUGGCUGCGGACCAAGACGGCUACCAUUACUUUACGCAUGAUACCUCCAGUUCUCACUUCGAUCCUCAACGAUGGAGAAUGUACUAUCGCAGUACCAGGGCUUGCAAAGCCUCUGAUCAUCGACCACCACUUCCAGGGCAUAACGCCGCUAAACCACGUGCCCGAUGAUGAACACAAGUAUGAGGACGAGCUUCCACAGAGGUUACCUGGUGUCCGCUUCCUGUCUUAUGGAUAUGACACUUCGCUUUGCGACAGCACGUCUUUUCAACUCAUCCCAGACUUGGCGAUCUCACUGGUCCAGACAGUGAAGGCCAUCGGCUGUUCUGCACCGUCGGCGAAGCCCCUGCUCUUCCUUGCUCACAGUCUGGGUGGAGUAGUUCUGAAGCAGGCGCUAAUUAUUCUGGCUGGAGGAGGGAAUCAGGAGAGAUCGGUUCUUGCGAAGAUAAAGGGUGCUAUCUUUUUUGGUGUCCCGAGUCAGGGCAUGAGUAUUCCAGACAUUUUCGAGAUGUUGGGAGAUCAGCCGAAUGUUGCUUUGGUGAAAGACCUCUCUAAUCUAUCAGAUUUCCUGCCUAGACUCGAUGAGCAGUUUGGAAAUAUUUCCUAUCUCCAGAGGCUUCAGUUCUUCUGGGCGUUCGAGACGAAAGUCACGCCGAUUGUGGAAAAGGCCCUUAAAACGGGAAAGUUUUCACGGACGGGCCCUGGAACCGUGAUGGUGUCACGAGAGUCCGCAACCAGAAAUCUCUGCCAUUCGCAGCCCUCGUUGACCAUACAGAUAGACGAGAACCAUUCUAAUAUGGUGAAACUCGGGAUAGGAGAUAGGUAUAUUGGGAUACUUGCGAGCAAAUUGAAAAGUAUUUGCGCCCUGUGUGAACUUACAUUCCCGCAGCUUGCGCCGCAAUCGAUCCGAAAGCUCACUCAGUCUGAGCUUGCAGAUCCGAAAGCAUCAUCCAACCCACCGGAGAAUAUCGGCAAGACUAAAGUCCAGCGGAGAUCAGAUCUACAGCCAGAAUGGAUGAUGCCUGAAUUUUGGAAUGGCAAUGAGAUCUUGUCAUCUCUCCGAGCCCCAGAACGAGAUCGUCGACUGGAGCAGAUCAACGAGAAAUUAGGAGACACGUUCAAUUGGGCUUACGAUGAUUCAUCCGUAGGCCUCAGUGAAUGGCUUCAGAAAGGGACCGGAAUAUUCUGGAUCCAUGGAAAGCCAGCAAGUGGAAAGAGUACCCUCAUGAAAUAUCUCUACCAGGAUUCACGCACAGAGGAACUUCUGCGCGCUGGUGGCUGGCAGUCAAGGGCGCGCUUGAUGACAGCAAGUUUUUUCUUUCACCACCGAGGAAAUAACAUGCAGAAGUCUUUCGAAGGUCUCCUGAGGAGCCUUGUGAGCCAGAUCUUGGAACAAGAAAAGACUCUCUUGCCUCUCCUAUAUCCCAUUCUCGCGGAUCAAUAUCAGACCCUCAUCAAUUCUUCGCGCCUUGACAGCCUCGAAGCGGACAUUUGGGCUUUAUUAGAUCGUCUCAAGAUUUCUUGGUCGUCUGACGUCAUGAGAGAGGUUGCGGAGACCGUUGCCUUACAAAGAGAAUUGACCCAGAACCGACGACUCGGAAUGCAUCUGAGGCGCAUGUUGAAAGACCUUGGGAUCAAAAUCCAGUCACGACCUAUAGACCCAUAUGAAGAAGCUGAAUUUGACGAUACUGACUUCAUUUUGAAGGCCGAGGUCAAGCAACAACCAAAUCAGGGGACAGAGGCGGAUUCUCAGUCGCCUGAACCGAGGAAUUGGUUGGCGAUCCUGCGUAGAACUUUACAGCGCCAUUACCAACAGUUCAUCGCUUCGUUUCUGCAGGACCUCGUCCAACAGCCAGUCGAUCCCAGCAAACACUCAUCGAAUCGUAUACGGAUUCUUUUCUCCAGUCGGCCUUGGAAAGCACUUAACGAUGAGUUUGCGGCAUGUCCAGGCUUCCAGAUUCAUGAUUAUACUGGGAACGACAUCAUCGAGUUUUGCGCGGCAUCCAUUCCUUCCGACGACACUACAAAGACUUUCUUAUCACCCUUCGUGAUGGAAAUUGUUCGUAGGGCACGCGGCGUCUUUCUAUGGGUUGAGCUGGUGAUGCGGGAUCUUACGAACAUUGUGCUACAUAGAGCGCAGCUGCGGGAUACCCAGGGACUGGAGCAGGAUUUACGCAAGACCCUGGACGGCAUUCCGGACGAACUAGAUGACUAUUACCAGGUUAUUGUCCAGCGUAUUCCGCCUGGUAAUCGUUGGGAAAGCUAUGUUGUCCUGGAGACGCUUUGCCGUUCCGACGAAGACAUGGAAACAGAAACACUGCUCGCGAUACUCAAGUGCUCGUCCGCCAGGUCUCUCGCAGAUGCCAAACACAAACUCAACCAGGGUUCACAAACGUCCCUGAACGGGCCAGGACUGGAAUGGGGUGAGCGUUUCAUCAAAGCCGUGUCGGGCGGCUUGGUGGAAGUCGGUGGUCUCUCCCAAAAGGGAGAACCCAUAUUGCAAUUCAUGCAUCAGACGGUCAAACAAUUCGUCGAAGGCCCUUGGUUCAAACUUCAGCUUCUGGGAAAUAACAUCGGUCUGUUUAUCACUGAAAACGGACACUCCUUCAUCGCGAAACAUCUUUUCACCCACGCCCUUUUCAAAGACCGCUUUAUUCGCCAUGCAAGGAAGGCCGAAACCACUAUGGGCUUCAGCCAGUACGAUUUCUUCAGCACAGCACCAACAGACCACUAUUCUUUCUUCACUGGCAAUUUCUCUUACCUUGUUCCGUCCACAAUCGCAGUGGCAGUUUUCGCCGGAUUGCAACUCUGCGUUCGCGACGCUUAUGAGGCAGAUCCAUGCUGCAUUCAACAGAACUCACCGAACCUCGUAUGGAUCGUGCUUGAAGCGGCUACAGCAAGAGGGGUGGGUAAAGACAUGGACAGCAUCAUAAACAUGGCGGAGCUCUUGGUGUCGAAGGGUCUUUCGAUACAUGAGACCGAUGACGGUCUCUUGUAUAUAGUAGAACACAUGUGGAGUGCACCCAGAGCCAUAAAGCCACUGUUUGAGAAACUGGCUCUCAUUCUCGUGGAUGCCAUUCAGAUCACAAGCACGGCCGCAGAGUCGCCCUCUUUCCAAAGCAUGUCGACCCAUUCCACUACCAUUCGCAGCUCAACGUCAGAGACUAAGCUGCUUCAUAAAGCUACGCCUAAGUUGAUACGAGCGCUGCUCGCCCGCGGUUUCAACCCCAAUUCCACAGAUGGUCACGGGAACACGCCCAUUGACUUUGUUGUGGAUAGCUUGCCUUCGCGACUUUGGUUGCGAGAGCAGUACGAUAUUGUGUCUCAGCUAUUCUGGACUGGAUACAAGAGUCUUCCGUGA